AUGGACCGCCUCCCAGCAGAACUCCAUGACCUGAUCUUCUCCGAGGCCUGCAACGACGGCGGCUACACCGGCCGCUCGCUCUCGCUCGUAUCCAAGAGCAUCCGCGCCGUAUCCGCCCCCUACGUCCUGCACUCCAUCGCCCUUUACGGGUCCUACCAACUCGCCGCCUUCGCCGCGUUCCUCGCCCAGCGAGCCCCGGAGCACACCCUCAUCCGCCACCUCUUCCUCACCGACCGCCGGCGCGUGUGGAUGGAGCGCGGGACCGGGCAGGACAAGGCCGCUUGGGUCACCAAGCGCAUGAAGGAGGAGUUGCAUCUCAAGGACCCAAUGCGCCGCGCAGACGCGCAGCCCAUCGCGCAGAUCAUGUCCGCCGCCGCCCCGCAUCUGCGCACGCUCGCCUUCCUCCUCUUCGACCUCUACGACGAGCGCACGCUCCCCACCUCCUUCCCGGUGCUGCGCGAGUUCACUCUCCAUGCGUCCUCACUCACAUGGCGCGGCGCGCCCAGCAUGGACCCGUGCGAUGCUUUGCGCCGGUUGCACGUCAUCCAGGACUUCUCGUUCCCCCGCGCGGCGGUGAAGACGAUCGCCGCGCUCGGGCCGCGCCUCACGCACCUGCGCAUCUCGCGCCUCACGACUUCGCGCCUCGCGAUGGGCGACCUCCUCGCGGGCCUGGAGAGGAUGCUCGAGGAACAGGCCGACGCUGCCGCCGCGCCGCCAGCCUUCCCGCCGUCGCUCGAACGGGCCAUCGUGGAGAUGGGCCAGCAAGCGCUGUACGACGCUGAUGGUGCCCUGCAGGUUCUGACGUCGCCGAUAGCGUACGAGCUGCGCGAUGUCGCGCUGCGUGACACCCGCCAACGCAUCGUCAUGCUGCAUCCGGCGCUGUGGGACGCGGCGGCGUUCACGAGCUAUGAUGGGGACAUCGAAUACUACAUGGGAGUGAAAUUGGACUGGGAGGAACGUCUCGUCGGGGAAGAGGGCGCGUGGGCACUCGAUCCUGCGGACAUUUUCGCGAUGAACGGGGUGGAUGGGGAAUAA